AUGGAAUCGCCAGGCCCUGGUGGCUUCUUGCCAGCACCUGCUGGUGCAAGUCUUCCUUCACCUGCACCCUCAUCAGCUUCAUCAUUCUCAAACAUCCAAGGUCUUCCUACACCAAGAACGAAGGCCCUGAAACCCAACUCAAGUAAAGAGUUCAUGGUGCGAAGAUAUGCCGAGGAACAACUUCUACUAGUAACACGGCGAUAUGUCAAGAAGUUUGGCAAUCCAGAACCCGGCGAUACAGUGGUGGGAUAUACUAGAUUUGGUGAAGUAUGCCGAGAUCUCGAUAGCAUCACCAAUAUCUUGUGGAAAUCAGGCACUCCAUCCCUCCAAAUACCCUUCUUGUUACGUCUCACAAGUGACUUCACACGCUAUGUCCGCUCAUUCCCUCCCGCACCAAAGGCUUCAUUCGCAAUACUCCGCAAACUAGAUCACUGCUUUGCAAGUCUUCUUUCCGGCCAAGACAUCGAAACUCACGAGACAUUACCUGGAUUUGAGAACGGACUACGCGGUGGCAUGACAACGACAGAAAUGAUCCGCUGCCGAAGUUUAGUUGAUCAAUGUCGCGUUUUGAUGGUGGAAGUAAUGCGAGAUCCAGCUGAAGAGGACGAAGAGGAUGAAGAGGCAGAGACGGAUACCGACACAGACGCGGAAGAACCGGGGAUCAAGGGAUGGGGAGGCGUGGAGGACGAUGAUGAGAUGAUGCUCCAGCUUGAUGCGGCACGGGUCUUUGAGAAGACAAUUGUGCAGCUCAACGAGAGACUCGGUGAUCUGGAGCCAUUGCAGAUGUCUGCUGAUUGA